UCAACUUCUCUGGGUAGAUGUUCAAGCUAAUAUAUAACCAGGCGCCAGCAGCUCCACUUGAUCACCCCUCCCUCUUCUUUCCAUUCAAUCACAUCAUCGGUUGCCGCGCACACAGGGGCUCCUUGACUGCCUAACGUCAUAGUCACCAUCCUGGCCUGUAUAUAAAGGUCACAUACAUCUCCAUCAGAAAGCCAGUCUGUUCAUAUGGAUCCCAAGGUCGCUGUUGCUCUCACUCUGUCUCUCGUAGGCGGCUUAAGCACCUCCCUCGGUGCACUACUGGCAAUACUAAAUCAUGCCCCAAACAACAGAACACUCGGGAUACUACAGGGAUUUGCUACUGGGCUCAUGUUGAGCAUGUCCUUCUUUGACCUGGCUUAUGAUGCUGUUAAUGCAAUUGGUUUUCUGAAAGGCAACCUUUGGUUUUUUGCUGGAGCACUUCUAUUUUCAGCAAUAGCCGAUAUUUUCCCUGAGCCAGAAUGCAGCCCACCUGAUGAAAAUGACAAAGAAAAGACUGUUAACAGUACAGCACGGAAGGAACUUAUGAUGAGACACCGAAGAAGAGUCAUCUUUAGUGUAAUUGUCACCGCAGUUGUUGCUGGUGUGAGUUUGCAAAACUUCCCGGUGGGUACUGCAGCGUUUCUCGGAACCGCAAAGGGAUUUCGUGUUGGCCUUAACUUGGUUAUUGCUAUAGCUCUACACUACAUCCCGGAGGGUAUUGCUGUAGCUCUCCCUGCAUAUUUUGCCACUUGCAGCAAAUGGCAGGCGUUCAAACUAGCAACACUUGCUGGUUUUGCAGAGCCAGUAGGUGUAAUUAUCGUGGCAUACCUAUUUCCGAGCAACUUAAAUCCAGAAAUAUUGGAAGGUCUACUUGGAUUAGUGGGAGGAGUAAUGGCAUUUCUGACGCUGUAUGAGAUGCUGCCGUUAGCAAUUGAAUACGCUGGACGCAAGGAUGCUGUGAAAGCUGUAUUCGUUGGCAUGGCUUUUAUGUCCAUGAGCUUGUACUUCCUGGAAGUCAGUCUUCCAAAGGAGAUGAGUGCUUAAAAUUUCAGUCUAACCCAAUAAGUGAUAUGGGCAAAUGCAUCAUGGACUUGCAACAAGGCGCUGAUUGGAAGGAUGUGUAUACAAUUACAUUCAAUGAUAUGUUUUUCUCCAAUCUAUUACAAUGACUUUCAGAUCUGGGCCCUCUCCGAUGACCUCCAGUUGCAAGGCUACCGUAGCUGCAAGAAAAUUAGAAGUCUCAAACUCUGACAAUGUACAUAACGAAUAAAACUGUACUUACUGGAAGAAGAAAAAAAAAGACUCGUAUGAUGUAAAUAACAGAAAGGAAAAUUAUGAGAUGAACCAUUGAUCUCCAUUUGUUACCAAA